AUGUGAAAAGAAAUUGACCAACGAUAACUGAGUUUUACGUCAUCAAAUUGCGACAUUAGCUACACCAUGCCAAAAAUUAGCAAACGUUUACCUAAAAAUAUGUAGCUGUAAGAGUGACAGAAUUAGCGAAUACAAACAUUUUAUUUUACACAAAUCAAGGACUGUCUGUUCUCAGUCCAAAACAUAAGAAGCAACUCUUAAAAUAGCUUCAUCCGCGUCAGGAGGAAAAACGUGCUAUUUCAUCAGCUCGAGCAAGGUAACGUUACAUGGUAGUUAGCUAGCGUAGCUACGUUAUUUGUCAACAAUAAUCCUUCUGGCAUUUACUAGGUUAGCUGCCUAGAAAGUUUAAUCUGUUCAAAGGUGUCAUCUGGCCUGCUUCCUGCUGUUGUUGAGGUGUCGACUUGUUUGACAGAAUGGACAAAGAUGAGCUGGUGGAGUACUUCAGGACACAAGUGAGACAGGACCCUGAGGUUCCCUCUGCUGUGGCAGCUAUCCGCACUCUCCUGGAGUUCCUCAAAAGAGACCAAAGUGAGACCAUCCUGGGCUUGAGAGAGAACCUGACCCAGACCAUCAGGCGUCUGGAGGAGGCUGACUCCUCUGUGGCUGUCUCGUCUGGUGGCGAACUGUUCCUCCGCUUCAUCAGCCUCACAUCGCUGGAGCACCCUGAUCUCUCUCAAUGCAAGAAAGUGAUGGUAGAGAGAGGAGAGCUCUUUCUUAAGAAAAUCUCCCUUUCCAGGAGUAAAGUAGCAAAACUCUGCCAUACCUUUAUCAAGGAUGGUGCUAAAAUACUGACACAUUCCUCCUCCCGGGUGGUUCUUAAGGUACUGGAGAGUGCAGCAGCUGACAAGAAACGCUUCACUGUCUAUGUCACUGAGUCACAACCAGACUCUGCAGGAAGACAAAUGGCUGACAAAUUACAGAAUCUAAACAUUCCGGUCACAGUGGUUCUUGAUGCUGCAGUGGGGUAUAUCAUGGAAAAGGUGGACCUGGUGAUUGUGGGUGCAGAGGGAGUGGUGGAAAGUGGUGGUAUUAUCAACAAGAUUGGCACCUAUCAACUGGCUGUGUGCUCCAAGGCUCACAACAAGCCUUUCUACGUUGUGGCAGAAAGCUUCAAAUUCGUCCGACUCUAUCCUCUAAAUCAGCAAGAUGUCCCAGAACGAUUUAAGUAUAAAGCAGACACACUAAAGGCAGUGGAAGACCUAGCAGAAGAACACCCCAUGAUUGACUACACACCACCAUCGCUGAUUACACUUCUUUUCACAGACCUGGGGGUCCUCACUCCUUCAGCAGUCAGUGAUGAACUUAUUAAGCUGUACUUGUAAACCACCACUAGAAUACUGACACAACCCCAUCAAGUGCAUCCAUUUCAACAAGUCACCGUUCAAUACGCAUUUCAUUAAAAAUGUCAAUCUGCCUUAAA